UGCGCCCUCACCCCCACGCAUGCGCUGUCCCUCGAAUAAAGUGGCACCUGGAGGCCCAUGCUGCUGGCCCUGCGCAUGUGCGCCAGGCUCAAUGACAACCAAACCUUUCUAAGGGUGCUGGGGCUCUGCAUGCUGCGGGUAGCUCGAGCAGCCUGUGGGGCCGGGUGGGGGGGCUGCCCCCGGCCCCCGCUGAGGCCCUGGGCCCCCGAGGCUGCCUCCCGGCCCCACUCCUCCCUAACCACCAAGAUGGGGGAGUAUCGGAAGAUGUGGAACCCCACGGAGCCCCGGAACUGGGCCCAGCAGUAUCAGGAACGCUUCAUCCCCUUUUCCAAGGACCAGCUGCUACAGCUCCUCCUGCAGGAGUUUCACUCUAGUUCUUCUGCCAAGGUUGCGUUCCAGGAGUUUGUAACCCACACUGACAUCUGCAUUCUCUCUCAGUAUGACCGCACCCUGACCCAGCUGCAGGCGUUGUAUGACCCCAUCAACCCAGACCGGGAGACUCUGGAGCAGCCCUUCCUCACGGACCCUCAGCGCCUGGAUAAUGAGCAGGAGGUCCUCAGGGCCCUGGCGCCGCUGCUGGACCAAGCUAACUUCUCCCCCCUGUCCGAGGACACCCUGGCCUAUGCCCUCGUGGUCCACCACCCACAAGAUGAGGUUCAGGUGACCAUCAACCUGGACCACUAUGCUUACAUACAGUUCUGGGCCCUGGGCCAGCGAGUGGGGCGGCUCCCACGCAAGUCCAUGGUGGGCUCCGAGCGGGGCUUCUUCACCAAGUCCCCUCCUGCCGAGCGGCGUUACUUUAAGCGGGUAGUGGUGGCAGCCCGCACCAAGCAGGGUCACCUGGUGCUGAAGAGUUUCAAGGACACCCCCCUGGAGGGACUGGAGCAGCUCCUGCCUGAACUGAAGGUGCGGACGCCCCUCCUGCAGCGAGCCCUGCUCAACGCCAUGCUCCUGGUCUCUGGCCUGGUGUUCUUCGUCAACGUGGGCAUGGUGGUCCUGUCUGACCUCAAGGUGGCCACCUCCCUGCUGCUGCUGCUGUUUGCCAUCUUCAUGGCGCACCGCGCCUCCAAGCCCCUGAGCCCCAGGGUGGAGUCCUCAAUGGUCUGGAAUCCAAUGAACGCUUGGAAUGGAAGCAUGUUUGGCCAGCACCGGAACCUGCAGGCCCUAGAGCUAGCCCACAUGUUGUACUUUCGAAGCACUUCCAACAACUCAGAGCUGAUCACGGCCCUGGUGCACCGGGCCCAGGAGGAGCACGCCAAGGAGGUCCUGCUGGCCCACAGCUUCAUGGGGCGCAGGGGUCCGGGGCCUCCUGAGGACAGUGCCAGGUGGCUGCAGGCCUCCGUAGAGGCCUGGCUCCUGGCCCGGACAGGCUGCGAUGUGACCUUCAACGGGGCCCGGGCCCUCAGCCACCUGGAAGCCCUGUCUCGAAACAUGUCCCCUGGCCCACCACCCAAUCUCUGCAGAAGCUCUCGACCCUCCUGGGCUGCCCAGCUUCAGAGACCCCUGGCGCCUCCUGGGACCCAGCCAAGCAGGGAAUGAGUUUCCUGUCACCGCCUGGCCCAUGAGGGCCCCACGGGUCAGAGUGCUGGCCCACGGGCUUCCAGUGGGCUGAAAUUCACAGCCCAGGGCCACUCUUUUCCCAGGGACGGAGGGGCACGUGGCCCUGGGAGAGACUGGUGUCUCUGCUGCUCCCCGCUGCCAUCGGCCUCUUGGGAAAGCAGCAGGGUCUGCCCUCCCAAUGCCAGUGCCUUCCCCAGACCCUGAUAUUUUCGAUACUGACUUCUGCCAAUGCUACCUCUGGCUCCAUCCCACCCCGUGUCCCUCCGUGUGCAAUACUGAUCCCUGUCCCCAUCUAUCCUCCAGUUCCCACAGAAAUAAACCCUGUUUACACCA